UUUUUUUUUUUCCUUUUCUUCUUCUGCUUAUCAUAAUCAAACAAAAUGUUCACCGACAAGAAGCAAAGUCAAGCUACUGUUCAAUUCCCCAUGCAAUGGAUUGCCAACAUGGAUGUUGAUAUCGAGCCCAAGGCCACUCGUAAGACCUCCAUCAUCUGUACCAUUGGUCCCAAGACCAACAACGUCGAAAAGCUCACUGAAUUGAUCGAUGCUGGUAUGAACAUUGUUCGUAUGAACUUCUCUCACGGUGACUACAGCUACCACAAGUCUGUCCUUGACAACGCUCGUGCUGCUGCUGCUGCUCGUCCUGACAAGGUCAUUGCCAUCGCUCUUGAUACUAAGGGUCCUGAGAUCCGUACUGGUAUGAUGGCUAAUGAUGUUGAAGUCCCCAUCCAAAAGGGUCAUGAAAUGAACAUUACCACCAACGAAAAGUAUGCUACUGCUUGUGACGGUGAAAACAUGUAUGUUGAUUACAAGAACUUGCCUAAGGUUAUUGAAAUCGGUAAGAACAUCUAUGUUGAUGAUGGUGUCCUUACCUUCAAGGUCAUUGCCAAGGGUGAAGACUAUGUUCGUGUUGUUGCCCAAAACAAUGGUAAGCUCUGCUCCAAGAAGGGUGUCAACCUCCCCAAGACCCCCGUCGAUCUCCCUGCUCUCUCUGAAAAGGAUAAGAACGAUCUUAAGUUCGGUGUUGAAAAUGGUGUUGACAUGAUCUUCGCCUCCUUCAUCCGUCGUGCUCAAGAUGUUAAGGAUAUUCGUCGUGUCCUCGGUGAAAAGGGUAAGAACAUCAAGAUCAUCUGUAAGAUCGAAAACGACCAAGGUAUUCAAAACUUCGAUGAAAUCCUUGCCGAAACUGAUGGUGUUAUGAUUGCUCGUGGUGAUAUGGGUAUUGAAAUUCCUUGUGAACGUGUCUUCAUUGCCCAAAAGAUGAUGAUCGCCAAGUGUAACUUGGUCGGUAAGCCUGUUGCUUGUGCCACUCAAAUGCUCGAAUCCAUGACCUACAACCCUCGUCCCACUCGUGCUGAAGUCUCUGAUGUUGCCAACGCUGUCCUCGAUGGUGCUGAUCUUGUCAUGCUUUCUGGUGAAACCGCCAAGGGUGCUUACCCCGUUGAAGCUGUCAAGACCAUGGCUGCCACUUGUGAACUUGCCGAAUCUGUCAUCUGCUACAACCCUCUCUUCAACCAAAUCCGUGGUUUGACUCCCUUCCCCACUGACACCACCGAAACCGUUGCCUGUGCUGCUGUCACCGCUGCCGCUGAACAAUCCGCUGGUGCCAUCCUUGUCCUCUCCAAGUCUGGUCACUCUGCUCGUCUCGCCUCCAAGUACAGACCCUCUCAACCCAUUAUCCUCGUUACCCGUGAAGAACAAACUGCUCGUCAAGCUCACCUCCACCGUGGUGUCUUCCCCUUCGUCUACACUGGUGAUGUUGCUGCCAAGUGGGAUGAAGAUGUUGAACAACGUAUCAAGUGGGGUAUUCAACAAGGUAAGAACGCUGGUCUCAUCAAGUCUAACGAACCCGUUGUCAUUGUCCAAGGCUGGAAGGGUGGUCUUGGUAACACCAACACUGUCCGUGUUUUGAUUGCUCCUUAAAUUUCAUCUCAUUGUUCAUAAAUUAUUUUUUUUGCAUUCUAAAUUAUUUCAUAUAAAAUAAAUAAAAAAAUGUCAUGUGUAUAGCAUCUUGUUUUUUAAAAAAAAAA